AUGGAUUACAGGACGUUAGAACUCAACAUCGUAUCUGCAAAAGACAUCAAGAAAGUUAGCCAUUUGUCGAAGAUGCACGUAUACGCUGUUGCUUCAAUCAUCGACGACCCCCAGCAGAAUCAGCUUGCCAAAACUCCCAUCCACAGACACGCCGGCGACAGUCCCACUUGGAAUUUCGCCGUUCAGUUCACCUUCAAUGAGUCCUUGGCCAAGCAGAACCGACUCACCCUUUACAUCCGACUAUUCUCUCAUCGCUCUAUUUUCGGUGACAAAGAAAUCGGUAGCGUUCGAGUCCCGGUUAACGAGCUAAUCGACCGUGCCGGAGACGGAAACUCAUUGCAGCAUAUGAAUUACGACGUGAGGAAACCGUCAGGCAAAUCCAAAGGUGUCCUGAACAUCUCCUACAAAUUUGGUGAAAAAUUCACGGGGCCUCCGCCGACGGUACCAAAGGAAGCGCCUGCGAUGGCGUAUCCUCCACCGCCACCACCCAUGGGAUCCAGCUCGAUGCCGUACCCUCCACCACCGCCACAACAUGGGGCACCAUAUGGGUACCCGCCUCCGCCGCCAUAUGGCGGGUACCCACCGACUCAACCAGGAUACGGGUACCCAGCACAACCAGGUUACGGGUAUCCACCGGUUCACGCACCGGCAAAGAAGAGCAAGUUUGGAAUGGGAAUGGGAGCUGGAUUGAUGGGAGGAGCGCUGGGGGGGCUGCUCAUUGGAGAUAUGAUAUCUGACGCGAGUGCUUAUGAUGCUGGAUACGAUGCUGGUUUCGAUGAUGGUGCUGGAUUCGAUUUUUAA